UGGUUGGAUUCGCCGCCUUGACGACACCUCAUGAUUAUUCCUUAAUGACGCAUCCCGGCUCCGGCUUGCUGGAGGCCAGGUCCCCUUUUCAGCAUCUUCAUCUUCAACACACAACAUCCAUUGACGACUAGGGGGCGUCUCGGGGCGUCGCUGCCAAGGCAUUCUUCCCGCGGUAUUGUCGGUCAUGUUUUCCUGUCUUGGUUUUGUUUCUUUCUUCCUCUCUUAUCCUCUUGACCACCAUUUGUUAUCCUUUUUCCCAUCACGGAUUAUUAUGGCGACGGCGCAGGGUCACUACAGGCACGCGGGACGGUGUUUUGGGCGAAUGUGCUUUUGGCGCGCCUAUUCAGGCGAUGUUGCUUUCGCAUGGGCUUGUUGCGCGAGGCAUUUCAAUGUCGCCCUCCUUGCUGGAAUACCGGGGUCCCCCAUUUCUGGUCCCCCUGAGGAAACGGCUUUGGGAAUCCUGGCGCUUUAUUGCUGCAUAAUGCGGGCUUGUUGGGAAGGCGAUUGUGGGACGGACAUCGGGGAAAGAAAGAAUGGGCGGGCUGGGAGAAGCCAGCGGGUUUGGGAACCACCUGUCAUCCCUGGGAGAAGGGAUGGGAGCUGGUUGGAAAUUGUGUACAUAUCAGUGUUGGUUUCUGGCCCCGGGGUGAUGACGGUUUAACUUAGGCAUUCGGAAUGGGAGCAUUGCAUUGUCCUCUGAAUUGUCAACCGUGUUUUGUCUAGGGGAGAUGGAGCGGACUGGGUACUUAGCGAGUCUUGUAGCAUACCAUAAAGGAGAAGCGUUGAUUCCAUCAUUCGGACGGCGAGAUCA